AUGAAUUCUCGAAUUUCGGUCACUCUCCUGCUACUUGUUGCAGUAGCAACCAUGUUCAUCGCAAGCAAUGUUGUUGAAGCUAGUCCAAGACCACAAGGGAACAUGCUGCGCUACGGAAACUCGCUUCCAGCGUAUGCACCACACGUUCUCUACCGUUUCUACAACUCCAGACAGUUCGCUCCACUUAACAAACGAAAUAAUGCCGAAGUCGUCAACCACAUCCUCAAGAACUUCGGAGCAUUGGACCGUCUCGGAGACGUUGGCAAGUAG